CUCUGCAGAGAUUAUUGUAGAGCGGAGCUGUCGCUUCUCCCUGUCACGCAGCCAUUCAGGGGGAUCCAAUUCGUUUUUAGUUUAGCGUGGCUCCAGGAAUUUUUACGGCUUUUUAUUUAUUGCUGAGGAUCAAUUCCCUUUUCUUUUAUUUUUUUAUUUUUUUCAACUUCUUGCUGCUGGAAUUUUUUAAGCUGCCAUUUGCAUUGAGCCUCAUUCGCCAAGAUGGUGGCCGGGAUGCUGAUGCCGCGGGAUCGCCUGCGGGCGAUCUACGAAAUCAUUUUCAGAGAUGGAGUCAUGGUGGCGAAGAACGACGAGAGGCCGCAGAGCCGCCAUGCCGAGGUGCCCGGUGUCACCAACCUUCAGGUAACCAAAGCCAUGGGAUCGCUGAAGUCGCGGGGGUUAGUCCGGGAAACCUUCGUAUGGAGGCAUUGCUACUGGUACCUCACUAAUGAAGGCAUCGCUUACCUGCGACAGUACCUUCAUCUCCCACCUGAGAUUGUGCCGGCUUCUCUCCAGAGAGUGAGGCGCCCUGUCCCUCCCCUAGGUGCACCUAGGAGGACACCUGCUGAAAACGUCCAGUCCGUCCGGGGACCUACAUCCUAUGUCCCUAAGCCCCAGGGCGACGUGGAGAGGCAAGAGUACCGGCGAAGGGAGCAGACUGUGAUCCAGAGAGGGCAGGACGGCACACAUGGCUCCACCACUACCCACGUGGUUGAGAACAGCUGGCAGGAAGGUGGGUGGCAGAGAGGGGCGGACAGGGCUGAGCAGAAGGGGGGAACAAGUUUCCCAAGUCAUGCUUUUCAUGUGCUGAAUGGUGGAGAGAAAUGGGGGAGCAGUAGGGAAAGUCAAAAGUGGGAUGAGGGUAGAAAGAGCUCUGUAGAGAGGACAGCCUUGGAGAUCACAGAGAGGAGGAUAGCCGAAAAAAGACUGCCAGAGACACAAGGGCUCAGAAAGCCGGAGGUGACUAGCAAGCAGGCAGUGAGAGCACAUGCUGACUUUCUGACAGCUCUGAGUCCCAUCACCUCCAUUCAUGAUAGACAGGAGGAGAGGAGGGAGGAGAAUCGAGCAAGGGAGUCUGAGAUCAUUAUAAAUAGCGUCACCUCGACCUCGCAGCUACAAUAUGCAGGAAAUAAACCAGGGGCCAGACACUUACAAACCUGGGAGGAGGCCAGAAACCUAGUAGUAGAAAAGUCACUUGAGCACCAUGUAGCCCCCCUAACGAAUAGGACUUCCGUCAUCACUCAUAAAACACUAGAGACCACUAACCACGUGCAAGGGGGACACACAGAGAUUAAAGAGACCUCAAAAGUUCAAAAGAUAUUUGAACUGGAACCCAAGCAGGAAAAGGAUGAGGGCCAAUCAAAAAAGCAAAAAAUCGACACACAGGUACAGGAGGCUGUGCAGGCCUCAAGCGUAAUAGUCCCUAUUUUUGAGUCAGUAAAAGUACACUCUAAGCAAGAGGAGAAGCAGAAAAAUGAUUUUCAAAAGGUGGACCAUAUAGAUGUACAAGUAACUGAAGCUCAAGUAGCUUCAAACCCAGAGGCUGUAGAGUCGCAGGGUCAAGGGAGUAAGCGAAAAAAUAAAAAGAAAAAAGAGAAAGAGAUUUCUGAAAUUCCAAGUCCAGUGACUGCAGCCGCACCUCCAAUCACUGAGGUAAAAGCAGAUAUCCAGUUAGAGGUCAAAGGUCAGAAGGAACAGAAGCAGGCCCAGGAAAAAACAUCAGAAAAACAGAAAAAGCUUAAUUCUGAAUUAAAUAUUCAACUCAAAAGUGAGGCCAAGAAGGAAGAGCCCAAGAGUGAGGUUAAGGAGGAAGAGCCCAAGCCCAAGAGUGAGGUCAAGAAGGAAGAGCCCAAGCCCAAGAGUGAGGUCAAGAAGGAAGAGCCCAAGCCCAAGAGUGAGGUCAAGAAGGAAGAGCCCAAGCCCAAGAGUGAGGUCAAGAAGGAAGAGCCCAAGCCCAAGAGUGAGGUCAAGAAGGAAGAGCCCAAGCCCAAGAGUGAGGUCAAGAAGGAAGAGCCCAAGCCCAAGAGUGAGGUCAAGAAGGAAGAGCCCAAGCCCAAGAGUGAGGUCAAGAAGGAAGAGCCCAAGCCCAAGAGUGAGGUCAAGAAGGAAGAGCCCAAGCCCAAGAGUGAGGUCAAGAAGGAAGAGCCCAAGCCCAAGAGUGAGGUCAAGAAGGAAGAGCCCAAGCCCAAGAGUGAGGCCAAGAAGGAAGAGCCCAAGCCCAAGAGUGAGGUCAAGAAGGAAGAGCCCAAGCCCAAGAGUGAGGUCAAGAAGGAAGAGCCCAAGCCCAAGAGUGAGGUCAAGAAGGAAGAGCCCAAGCCCAAGAGUGAGGUCAAGAAGGAAGAGCCCAAGCCCAAGAGUGAGGUCAAGAAGGAAGAGCCCAAGCCCAAGAGUGAGGUCAAGAAGGAAGAGCCCAAGCCCAAGAGUGAGGUCAAGAAGGAAGAGCCCAAGCCCAAGAGUGAGGUCAAGAAGGAAGAGCCCAAGCCCAAGAGUGAGGUCAAGAAGGAAGAGCCCAAGCCCAAGAGUGAGGUCAAGAAGGAAGAGCCCAAGCCCAAGAGUGAGGUCAAGAAGGAAGAGCCCAAGCCCAAGAGUGAGGUCAAGAAGGAAGAGCCCAAGCCCAAGAGUGAGGCCAGAAAGGAAGAGCCCAAGCCCACGAGUGAGGCCAGAAAGGAAGAGCCCAAGCCCACGAGUGAGGCCAGAAAGGAAGAGCCCAAGCCCACGAGUGAGGCCAGAAAGGAAGAGCCCAAGCCCACGAGUGAGGCCAGAAAGGAAGAGCCCAAGCCCACGAGUGAGGCCAGAAAGGAAGAGCCCAAGCCCACGAGUGAGGCCAGAAAGGAAGAGCCCAAGCCCACGAGUGAGGCCAGAAAGGAAGAGCCCAAGCCCACGAGUGAGGCCAGAAAGGAAGAGCCCAAGCCCACGAGUGAGGCCAGAAAGGAAGAGCCCAAGCCCACGAGUGAGGCCAGAAAGGAAGAGCCCAAGCCCACGAGUGAGGCCAGAAAGGAAGAGCCCAAGCCCACGAGUGAGGCCAGAAAGGAAGAGCCCAAGCCCACGAGUGAGGCCAGAAAGGAAGAGCCCAAGCCCACGAGUGAGGCCAGAAAGGAAGAGCCCAAGCCCACGAGUGAGGCCAGAAAGGAAGAGCCCAAGCCCACGAGUGAGGCCAAAAAGGAAGAGCCCAAGCCCACGAGUGAGGCCAAAAAGGAAGAGCCCAAGCAAGAGCAGGGAGUAGAGGUGACUCAGGCCUUAACUGAGAUGAAGGUGACUAGUGAACCCCUAAUAACUAAACAGAAGAAAACUGAGAAAUAUACAGAACAGGUUAUACGAGAGGAAACUAUUGUACAGGUGACACUUGGUCAGACAAGCUCUAGUGUAGUAACCAGCAAGACAGAACAUGCACUAGAGGUUAAAGAAGGCAAAAUGAAGAGCAAAGCUCAUAAACAGAAAGAUUGGGUUGGAGAGGUAGUUGAGUCCUUUACUAGCACAGGAGGGUCUUGGCAAGAAACCCUCCAGCCUAGUUUAGACCAGGUAGUUUCUCAGGAAAAGAGUAAAAAAGGUUUCAAGAGUAAGGAUGACCAGGCCAAGGCGACAGAUAUAGUAUCUGUAAAAAUUGAAGGUCCACAGGUCCUUCCCAUCCAACCAGCAAAGAAACAAAAGGAGGAGGUGGCUACCCUCCAACCUAACCUAGACCAAGAAAUUAGACAGGAUAAGGGCAAAAAAGAGUCCAAGCGUAAAGGUGACGGGGCCGAGAAGAAGGCUGUAGUAAAAAUAGAAGGCCCAGAGGUUUCUGCCACCCAACUUGCACAGAAAAAGGAGGAUACCCUCCAAGCUAGCAUAGAUCAGGAGGAGAGCAAACAAGGGUCCAAGAAAAAAGACAAGGGCAAGGAGGUGGUUAUAGAAUCAACAAAAAGGGAAAGCCUAGAAAUCUCUGCCACCCAGCCAGCAAAAGAGGAGGCUAUCCAAGAAAUGGAUCAGACCAAAGCUGAACUAAAAUCUGAAAUCGGUCCUAAGCAAAUAAGGACUAUAAUACUGGAUGCUUUCACUGUAGAUCAAAAUUUUAGCUCUUCAAUCACUGCGGUCAAGCAGGGGAAGAGUCCAGAUGUUUUCCAUCCUCAAGAACCUGCACAAAAGGUAGAAGAAGCAAAACUGGAAGAAACUAUUGGAAAGUCCACUUCUGAAACCAAGAUUACGGAUGACCUGGAAAUUUCUUUAGCUACUCCUUCCCAGAACCCUCCAAUGGAUAAAGAAGAAACGGUCUUCAUUUCAGAAAGUCGGACUAUUACAGAACAAAGGUCCAUCGUGACAACAAAAGUCUUACAUAUUCAGAGUCAUCUCCAGAGUGUGUCUGUUUCGUUGACUUUACCUCAUAAUGCACAAGUUUCGUAUCCAGAAGAUGUGACACUGGCGGGUACAGGUGCGGGCAUCUGUGUGCCAGAAACUGAGCCAUUACCAGGGACCAAGGAACCAACAUCCGAACCUGACUUGCCAGACCAGGAAGAGGACCCAACGACUGUGCCAAAGGUGGAGGUACCCCAAAAGCCUUCAGAAGCUGCUCUACCUUCACCAAAUCCUCCAGAAUCCAAAGAGGUUCUUGAAGCUUUGUCGCAAACCAAGACUAAAGAGAACAUCGUCCAAGGUGUAUCGGAGACGAUUCGUGCCCAGAUUCCAUUUGGAUCCAAAGAUGAGGUUCUCCAAGCUGUGUCAGAAACUGUUCCUACUCUGAGUCCAUCUGAAUCCAAGGAGGAGGUUUUACACGUGGAAUCAGAAACUGUUGUCCUUAACCAGAGUCCUCCAGAAGCCAAAGACUGUAAAGAGACUGUCCAUGUAGACAACAGUUGGGUUGAGGUCACAGAGCAGUCAACAGAGGAUGUGACCAAUCCAGAAUCUUCUCCAGAAGAAGAUGAACGGGACCGAGUACAGAAGAAAACCUUCACCAAAUGGGUGAACAAGCAUCUCAUCAAGCACUGGAGAGCAGAGGCUCAGCGUCACGUCAAUGAUCUGUACGAAGACCUCCGCGAUGGACACAACCUCAUCUCCCUGCUGGAAGUCCUCUCCGGGGAGACCCUGCCGAGGGAACGGGACGUUAUCCGGAACUUGCGGUUGCCCCGGGAGAAAGGCCGCAUGCGCUUCCAUAAGCUGCAGAAUGUACAGAUUGCCCUGGAUUUCCUGAAGCUGCGCCAGGUGAAACUUGUGAACAUUCGAAAUGACGACAUCGCAGACGGGAACCCCAAGCUGACGCUGGGUUUAAUAUGGACCAUAAUCCUCCACUUCCAGAUUUCGGACAUUCAGGUCACCGGGCAAUCUGAGGACAUGACGGCCAAAGAGAAGCUCCUGCUCUGGUCACAGCGCAUGACGGAAGGCUACCAGGGUCUGCGCUGCGACAACUUCACCAGCAACUGGCGGGACGGUCGCCUCUUCAACGCCAUCAUCCACCGACACAAACCCAUGCUGAUCGAUAUGAACAGGGUGUACCGACAGACCAACCUGCAGAACCUGGAUCAGGCCUUCACCGUAGCUGAGAAGGAUCUGGGUGUCACCAGACUGCUGGACCCGGAGGAUGUGGACGUUCCCCAGCCAGAUGAAAAAUCAAUCAUCACAUAUGUGUCUUCCCUAUAUGAUGCCAUGCCCAGAGUCCCCGAUGUACAGGACGGGGUGAGAGCCAACGAGCUGGAGCUGCGGUGGCAUGAAUACUACGAGAGGGUCACCAUGUUGCUGCAAUGGAUCAGACACUACACCGUCAUCUUCGAGGAGAAGAGAUUCCCAGCCAGCUAUGAGGAGAUUGAGAUCCUGUGGCGACAGUUCCUGAAAUUUAAAGAGACAGACCUCCCCAGUAAAGAGGCAGAUAAGAACCAGUCCAAGCUUCAGUAUCAGUCUCUGGAGGGUGCUGUGAAGGCUGGGCAGGUCAAGGUGCCACCCGGGUAUCACCCACUGGAUGUAGAGAAGGAAUGGGGGAAGCUUCACGUGUCCAUCCUGGAGAGGGAGAAACUGCUGCGGAUAGAAUUGGAGAGGUUGGAGCGCCUGCAGCGCAUUGUCAGCAAAUUGCAGAUGGAGUCGGGACUGUGCGAGGAGCAGCUCAACCAGGCUGACACUCUGCUCCAAACGAAUCUGCGCCUACUAAAUUCUGGGAAACCACCACAGAGAGCUGGAGAAAUUGAGAGAGAUCUGGACAAGGCAGACACCAUGAUUCGGGUCCUAUUCAAUGAUGUACAAGCUCUUAAAGACGGGCGCCAUCCACAGGGCGAACAGAUGUACCGCAGGGUUUACCGCCUCCAUGAGCGACUGGUGGCCAUCCGCACCGAGUACAACCUGCGCAUUAAGUCUGGAGCCACUCAGGUCAUCACCCAAGUGACCCAUGUCACCCAGACCUCCGAAAUGGACGUCACCCUGCGCUACUUCCAGGAUCUGCUGGCCUGGGUAGAAGAGAACCAGAAACGUAUAAAUACGGCUGAAUGGGGAUCUGACCUGCCCACCGUGGAGUCUCAGCUGGGAAGCCAUCGUGGCCUCCACCAGUCCAUCAAUGAGUUCCGAGCCAAGAUUGAGCGAGCGCGGGCUGAUGAGGGUCAGAUACCGGGUGGUCGGGGAGCCUAUCAGGAUUAUCUCGGAAAACUAGACUUGCAGUACGCCAAACUCCUGAACUCUUCCAAGUCAAGGCUCCGCAACUUGGAGAGCCUCAACGGCUUUGUGGCAGCUGCCACCAAAGAGCUGAUGUGGCUGAAUGACAAAGAGGAGGAAGAAGUGAGCUUUGACUGGAGCGAACGCAACUCCAACAUGACAAGCAAGAAGGACAACUACUCUGGACUGAUGCGGGAGCUGGAACUGAAGGAAAAGAAGAUCAAGGAGAUCCAGAGCACUGGAGACCGACUCCUUCAUGAUGACCACCCUGGAAGGUCCACCAUAGAGGCGUUCCAAGCGGCUCUACAGACGCAGUGGAGUUGGAUGCUGCAGCUUUGCUGUUGUAUUGAAGCUCAUCUCAAGGAGAACACGGCUUACUUCCAGUUCUUUGCGGAUGUGAAAGAGUCUGAAGAACAUCUGAAGAAGAUCAAUGACACCAUGCGCAGGAAAUACACCUGUGAUCGCUCCGUUACUGUCACCCGGCUGGAAGAUCUGCUUCAGGACAGCAUGGAUGAAAAAGAACAGCUGACAGAGUACAAGGGGCAAGUCUCCGGCCUGGCCAAGAGGGCAAAGGCCAUCAUACAGCUGAAACCUCGCAGCCCGUCCAACCCGCCCAAAGGCAAACAACCAGUUCAGGCCGUCUGUGACUACAAGCAGUUGGAGAUUACUGUACACAAGGGAGAUGAAUGUGCGUUGGUAAAUAACUCUCAGCCCAGCAAGUGGAAAAUCAUGAAUUCUUCGGGAAAUGACGCCUUGGUCCCAUCCGUCUGCUUCAUCGUUCCACCACCCAACAAGGAGGCUCUGGAUGCUGUUAGUCGGUUGGAGGAAAGUCAUCAAUCCCUAAUCACUAUGUGGCACACCAUGCAUAUCGAUCUGAAGUGUAUGCUCUCUUACCAGUAUCUGCUCCGGGACAUCCAGCUCAUCCAGUCCUGGUCACUUGUCACGUUCCGAAGCAUGACAACAGAGGAGUAUUCUCUGGCUAUCCGGAACCUGGAAAUCCAUUACCAGGACUUCCUGAGGGACAGCCAGGACUCCCACAACUUCCACCCAGAUGACCGCAUGAACAUCGAGAGAGAAUACAGCUCCUGCACCCAGAAGUACGACCUGCUCCUACGCAAUCUCGAGAAAGGUGAACAGGACGAGAGUACAUGUAAGAACUACAUAUCCCAGCUGAAGAACUUCCAACUACAGCUGGAUGGCUGUGAGUCCCGUACAGUGAACAAGAUCCGAAGCCCCCUGGACAAAGAUCCCAUCAAGGAAUGCUCCCAGCGGAUUGGAGACCAGCAGCAAAUUCACUUUGAACUGGAGACCAUCCAGAAGAAUCUGGAUAAGGUGAACGACAAGACCCGUAAGAUACUAACCCAGCCUGAGCUGGGAGACUCGGCGCCGCUCCUAAGAUCCGAGCUUGAAGUAACUUUGCAGAAGAUGAACCAAGUCUACAGCCUUUCCACCUUCUACCUGGAUAAACUGAAGACGAUACACUUGGUGAUCCGAAACACGCAAGGUGCUGAGGAGGUUGUGAAAACAUACGAAGAUCAGCUGAAGGAGGUCCAGACUGUCCCUGGAGACCUCAAAGAGCUGGAGAGCAGCAAGUCAGACCUGAAGAGAAUGCGUGGUCAGGUCGAAGGUCAACAGCCACUCUUCAAUGGACUGGAGAACGAUCUCAGCAAGGCCAAGGAGGUGAGCGAUAAGAUGCUGAAGGUUCACAGUGAACGAGAUGUGGAUCUGGACAGAUAUCGGGAGAAGGUGCAGAUGCUUCUGGAGCGUUGGCAGGCCAUCGUCCUUCAGAUUGAGGUUCGGCAGAGAGAACUGGAACAACUGGGCAAGCAACUGCGAUAUUACCGGGAGAGCUAUGAGUGGCUCAUCCGCUGGAUAACGGAAGCCAAGAAGAGGCAGGAGAAGAUCCAGUCCGUGACCAUUACCGACAGCAGAACUGUCAAGGAGCAGCUGAUGGAGGAGAAGAAACUGCUGGAGGAAAGUGAGAAAAACCGUGAAAAAGUGGAUGAAUGCCAGAAAUAUGCCAAGCAAUACAUCGAAGCCAUCAAGGACUUUGAGCUCCAGCUGGUGACCUAUAAAGCUCAGGUAGAACCCGUCGUGUCUCCACUCAAGAAGCCCAAAGUGCAGUCUGCAUCCGAUAACAUCAUCCAGGAGUACGUAGAGCUCCGAACCAAAUACAGUGAACUCACCACCCUGACCAGCCAAUACAUCAAAUUCAUCACGGAGACCCUGAGACGCCUGGAACAGGAGGAGAAAAUGGCAGAGAAGCUUAAAGAAGAAGAGAGAAAGAAGCUGGCAGACGUAGAGGCCCAGCUGGAGAAACAGAAGCAGCUGGCUGAGGCCCAUGCACAGGCAAAAGCCGUAGCGGAAAAGGAGGCCUUGGAAUUGAGGUUGAACAUGCAAGAAGAGGUCACCAAAAGAGAGGUGGUCGCUGUUGAUGCCGAACAGCAGAAAAAGAACAUCCAGCAAGAGCUGCAUCAGAUGAAAAACAAUUCUGAAACCGAAAUUAAAGCAAAGGUGAAACUGAUCGAGGAGGCAGAAUACAACCGCAGAAAAGUAGAGGAGGAGAUCAGAAUCAUUCGCCUUCAGCUGGAAACCAGCCAGAAGCAAAAGUCAGGUGCAGAAGGAGAGCUCCAAGCCUUGAGGGCUCGGGCAGAGGAGGCCGAGAGACAGAAGAAACUAGCUCAGGAUGAAGCUGAACGCUUGCGAAAACAGGUGAAGGAUGAGGCUCAGAAAAAACGGGAGGCAGAAGAUGAGCUUCAUCGUAAGACCCAGGCUGAAAAAGAUGCAGCCAGGGAAAAACAGAAAGCUAUAGAAGAUCUGGAGAGGUUUAGACUUCAGGCAGAGGAGGCUGAGAGAAGAAUGAAACAAGCAGAGCUUGAGAAAGAACGACAGAUCAGACAAGCCCAAGAUGUGGCCCAACAAAGCGCCGAGACUGAGCUGCAGAGCAAACGCAUGUCCUUCUUGGAGAAGACAACCCAGCUGGAAAUGUCCUUAAAACAAGAGCACAUCACCGUUACCCACCUGCAAGAGGAGGCUGAACGUCUAAAAAAGCAGCAACUGGAGGCAGAAAAUGCCAGAGAAGAAGCUGAGAAGGAGCUGGAGAAAUGGAGACAGAAAGCCAACGAGGCCCUGCGCUUAAGAUUGCAGGCCGAGGAAAUAGCUCACAAGAAGACCUUGGCUCAGGAGGAGGCUGAGAAACAGAAGGAAGAUGCAGAGAGAGAGACACGCAAAAGAACGAAAGCUGAGGAGUCUGCUCUGCGUCAGAAGGAACUGGCAGAAGAAGAACUGGAGAAACAGAGAAAGUUGGCCGAAGACACAGCUUCCCAUAAACUUUCUGCUGAACAAGAGUUAAUCCGUCUGAAAGCGGAGGUAGAUAGUGGAGAACAACACCGCAUUGUUCUCGAGGAGGAUCUUUUCCGCCUUAAGAAUGAAGUGAAUGAAGCUAUCCAAAGAAGAAGAGGACUGGAAGAAGAACUGGCCAAGGUCCGUGCUGAAAUGGAAAUCCUUUUAGCAUCCAAAUCUAAAGCGGAGGAAGAGUCCCGCUCCAACAGCGAAAAGUCCAAGCAAAUGAUGGAAGCCGAAGCAAGCAAGCUGCGUGAACUGGCAGAAGAAGCCGCAAGGUUGCGUGCUUUGUCUGAAGAGGCCAAGAAGCAGAGACAGCUGGCUGAAGAAGAAGCCACGAGACAGAGAGCUGAAGCCGAGAGAAUCUUGAAAGAAAAACUGACUGCCAUCAACGAGGCCACACGCAUGAAGACGGAGGCGGAGAUUGCCCUUAAAGAGAAGGAAGCAGAGAAUGAACGUCUGAGGAGGCUGGCAGAGGAUGAGGCCUACCAAAGGAAACUGCUGGAAGAACAAGCUACUCAACAUAAACAAGACAUCGAAGAGAAAAUCCAGCAGCUGAAACAAUCCUCAGAGAGCGAGUUGGAGAGGCAAAAACAUAUAGUGGAUGAAACCCUCAAACACAGGAGGGUGAUUGAAGAAGAGAUCCGUAUUCUGAAAAUUAACUUUGAAAAGGCCUCUGUUGGCAAAUCCGACCUGGAACUAGAGCUCCAUAAACUAAAAAACAUUGCAGACGAAACGCAAAAAAGCAAAGAGAAAGCAGAACAUGAAGCAGAGAAGCAGAGACAGCUGGCCUUGGAAGAGGAGACAAGGCGCAAAGAAGCCGAGGACAAAGUCAAGAAGAUCAUUGCAGCAGAACAGGAGGCAGCAAGGCAGAGGAAACUGGCUUUAGAAGAGGUUGAGAGACUGAAGGCCAAGGCCGAAGAAGCCAAAAAACAGAAAGACCUAGCCGAGAAGGAGGCUGAAAAGCAGAUCCAAUUGGCACAAGAUGCUGCAAGGUUUAAAAUUGAAACGGAAGAAAAGGCUCAUUAUGCUGCUGUACAACAGAGAGAGCAAGAAUUCCUGCAAACCAGAAUCCAGGAACAGAGCGUCCUAGAUAAGCUAAAGGAAGAAGCCGAAAAGGCUAAGCGUGCCGCUGAGGAAGCCGAACGUGCUAAAGUAAAGGCCGAACACGAGGCUGCAUUGUCACGUCAGCAGGCCGAGGAAGCGGAGCGUUUAAAACAGAAGGCUGAAGUCGUAGCUCAGAACAAAACCGAGGCACAGGAAGAUGCAGAAAAGCUCCGAAAAGAAGCAGAACUGGAAGCCGCCAAGCGGGGCCAGGCAGAGCAGGCAGCUCUUAAGCUCAAACACAUGGCUGAUGCUGAAAUGGAAAAGCAUAAAGAAUUUGCCGGGAAAACACUCAGGCAAAAAGAGCAGGUCGAGGGUGAACUGACCAAAGUCAAACUUCAGCUGGAAGAAACCGACCACCAAAAAGCCAUUUUGGAUGAAGAACUUGGGCGUCUGAAAGACGAAGUGACCGAAUCUGUUAGACAAAAGAAGCUCGUGGAAGAGGAGCUGUUUAAAGUUAAAAUCCAGAUGGAAGAGCUGAUUAAAUUAAAAAUUCGCAUAGAAGAGGAAAACAAAGUGCUUAACCUAAAAGACAAAGACAAGACCCAAAAAUUCCUGGCUGAGGAAGCCGAGAAGAUGAAACAGGUAGCCGAAGAUGCCGCUCGACUGAGCAUUGAGGCCCAAGAGGCUGCCCGUUUAAGAAAGAUUGCAGAGGAUGACCUGAAAGAGCAACGAGCGUUGGCCGAAAAGAUGCUGAAGGAAAAGAUGCAAGCCAUACAGGAGGCCACCCGCCUGAAAGCCGAAGCGGAAAUGCUGCAAAAACAGAAGGAGCUGGCCAUCGAACAGGCCAAGAAGCUGCAAGAAGAUAAGGAGCAAAUGCAGCAGCAGCUUGCCGAGGAGACGGAGGGCUUCCAGAAGACCUUGGAAGCCGAGCGGCGCAGACAGCUGGACAUAAGCGCUGAAGCCGAACGCCUGAAAAUCCAGGUGCUGGAAAUGAGCAAAGCCCAAGCCAAAGCGGAAGAAGACGCCAAGAAGUUCAGGAAACAAGCCGAACAGAUUGGCGAAAAACUCCACCAAACAGAACUUUCCACCAAGGAGAAGAUGACCGUGGUGCAUACCCUGGAAAUACAGAGACAGCAUAGUGACAAGGAGGCCGAAGAACUGAGAAAGGCCAUCGCUGAUCUGGAGACGGAAAAGGAGAAGCUGAAGAAGGAGGCGGAGCUUCUGCAGAAAAAGUCUGAAGAGACGGUGAAAACCCAAAAAGAACAGCUUCUUCAAGAAACCCAAACUCUUCAGACUACGUUCCUCUCUGAAAAGCAAAUCCUGAUUCAGAAAGAGAAGUACAUCGAAGAAGAGAAGGCCAAGCUUGAGAAGCUCUUUGAGGAGGAAGUCGGCAAAGCUCAGAAGCUGAAAUCGGAAAAAGAACGUCAGCUCACGCAGUUGGAGGAGGAGAAGAGGCUUCUGCAGCUUACUAUGGAUGAUGCCCUCAAGAAGCAGCUGGCUGCCGAGGACAGGGUUCGCCAGAAACAGGACGAACUCCAGCAGCUGGACAAGAAGCGCCUAGAACAGGAGAGUCUUCUGGAGGAAGAGAACCGGAAACUGAGGGAGAGGCUAGAACAACUUGAGCAAGAACAUCGACUAGCCUUGGAGAACACAAAGCAGAUCUUCAUCACUAAAGAGACAAUCAUUACUCAGACCAGUGCUAUGGCCAAUGGCAGAGAUGCUACAGAUGGGUCGGCUCAGAAUGGAGAAGUUGUUAAUGGAUUUGAUGGCUUAAGGCAGAAAGUCUCUCCUGAUAAGCUGUUUGAGGCUGGAAUAUUGAGCAAAGAACAGCUCGACAAACUCUCCAGUGGACACAUGACUGUAAACGACCUCUCGCAGCGGGAAGACAUCAAGAAAUACCUUCAGGGAAAGAGCAGCAUUGCUGGCCUCUUGCUUAAACCAAGCAACGAAAAGCUGAGCAUCUACAAUGCCAUGAAGAAGAAGCUGAUCCCACCAGGAACUGCCCUUAUUCUUCUAGAAGCUCAGGCUGCCUCUGGCUACAUUAUUGAUCCAGUAAGGAACAAGAGAUUGACUGUAAGUGAAGCAGUAAAAGAGAAUGUCAUUGGGCCCGAAGUUCACAACAAAAUGUUAUCUGCAGAGAGAGCAAUCACUGGGUACAAAGAUCCAUACACCGGAGAGAAAAUAUCACUCUUCCAAGCCAUGAAUAAGGACCUCAUUGUAAAAGACCAUGGAAUUCGACUUCUGGAGGCUCAGAUCGCCACCGGAGGCAUUGUCGAUCCAGUCAAUAGCCAUCGUCUGCCUCUGGAUGUAGCAUACAAACGAGGCUACUUUGAUGAAGAAAUGAGCCAAAUCUUAUCUGACCCCACAGAUGACACAAAAGGCUUCUUUGACCCCAACACACAAGAAAACCUUACCUACCUACAGCUCAUGGAGAGAUGCGUCAUUGACCCAGAGUCCAAACUUUGCCUGUUGCCUCUGACGGACAAAGCUGCCAAGGGUGAACUUGCCUACACAGAUUCAGAGGCCAAAGAUGUCUUCAAGAAAGCCACUGUGUCUGUUCCAUUUGGUAAAUUUCAAGGAAAAACUGUCACCAUAUGGGAGAUUAUUAAUUCAGAAUACUUCACAGAAGAGCAGAAGCGAGAACUGCUGCGUCAAUACAAGACUGGCAAAAUCACGGUGGAAAAAAUAAUUAGGAUUAUAAUUACAGUAGUCGAAGAAAAUGAGACAAAAAAGCAAAUGUGUUUUGAUGGUCUCCGUAGUCCCGUCCCAGCAGCAGAACUUGUAGACAGUAAAAUCAUAGACAAUGAUCUCUUUAACCAACUGCACCAGGGCAAGAAGACUGUAAAGGACCUGGCUGAUGUAGAGUCUAUAAAGAAAUACUUGACUGGAAGCACCGCCAUAGCUGGAGUGCAAGUGGAAGAGACCGGUGAGAGGCAAAGCUUGUACGAUGCAAUCAGGAAGAACCUACUGAAGCCAGCUACAGCCCUUAGCCUGCUUGAAGCUCAGGCGGGUACAGGAUUCAUUAUCGACCCAGUUACUAGCGAGCUGUUGCCUGUUGAUGAAGCUGUCAAAGCUGGAACUGUUGGGCCAGAGUACCAUGAAAAGUUGCUUUCUGCUGAAAAGGCUGUCACUGGCUACAAGGAUCCUUUCACAGGACAGGCUCUGUCCCUGUUUCAGGCAUUAAAGAAGGGGCUUAUACCCAAAGACAUUGGACUUAGAUUGCUAAGCGCUCAGCUGGCCACUGGUGGCAUCAUUGACCCUGUAAACAGCCAUCGACUUCCACUUGAGAUUGCUUAUAAACGAGGCCACCUGGAUGAAGAAACAACUAAACUCCUGUCUGAACCUGCCGAUGAAAACACAGGAUUUUAUGAUCCAAACAGUCAAGAGAACCUAUCCUAUGCACAACUUCAAAAGAAAUGCAAAGUGGACAAGAAAACGGGUCACUUGCUGCUGCCUCUCUCUGAACAAGCCAUACAAUCCCAAUUAGAAGAGGUUUACACUGACUCUCAAGCCAAGGAAGCCUUUGAUAAGACAACAAUUGAAGUGCCUGUUGGUAGCUUUAAAGGAAAGACCAUUACUUUGUGGGAAUUAAUACAUUCGGAAUACUUUUCUGAAGAGCAAAGAAGGGAACUCAUACGUCAGUAUAAGACUGGCAAAGUUACAAUUGAGAAAAUCAUCAAAAUCAUGAUCACCAUUGUGGAAGAAACUGAGACCAAGAAACAGCAGCGUCUCACGUUUACCGGUCUUAGAGCUCCAGUCCUUGCCAGCGAACUGCUGGAGUCCAAGGUUAUUGAUAAAACCCAGUAUGAGCAACUGAAAGAAGGCAAGAAAUCUGUAAAAGAAAUCGCAGAAAGCGACUCAGUAAGGCAAUAUCUCCAGGGCAGUGACUGCAUAGCUGGCGUUUUCGUAGAAGACAACAAACUAAAGAUGAACAUCUACCAAGCUAUGAAGAGGAAUCUGCUAAGGCCCGGAACAGCCCUUGUCCUCCUUGAAGCGCAAGCUGCCACCGGGUUUAUUAUAGACCCUGUAAAAAAUCAGAAAUUCUAUGUGAAUGAAGCAGUGAAGGCCGGCAUUGUUGGCCCUGAACUACAUGAAAAGCUUCUUUCUGCUGAAAAAGCUGUAACAGGCUACAAAGAUCCUUACUCUGGAAAUACCAUCUCUGUGUUUGAAGCACUGCAGAAAGGUCUAAUUCUCAAAGACCAUGGAAUUCGCCUUUUGGAAGCACAGAUUGCAACAGGCGGCAUUAUUGAUCCAGUUCACAGUCACCGCGUUCCCGUUGAUGUUGCCUAUAAACGCGGCUACUUUGAUGAAGCGAUGAACAAGAUCCUUUCUGACCCCACAGAUGACACUAAAGGAUUCUUUGACCCCAAUACUCAUGAGAAUUUGACUUACUUACAACUCAAAGAGAGAUGCAUUAAAGAUCCAGAAACAGGACUCAAUCUCCUAACAUUGAAGAAAGUAGAAAAGCCUGCAGUUGAAGCUAGUAAAUCUUAUACUGAAGAAGAGACCAAGAAGGUAUUUGAAGAGACCUCCGUGGACAUUCCUGCUGGAAGCAUGGCGGGCUCUUCGAUGACCAUUUGGGAGCUCAUGCAGUCCGAUCUUCUACCUAAAGAGGAGAGAGACAGGUUGAUGGAGGAGUUCCGAGCUGGUAGACUGUCCAAGGACCGCAUGAUUAUCAUUAUCAUUGAGAUCAUUGAAAAGACUGAAAUUAUCAGACAACAAGAACUGUAUUCUUAUGACUUUAUCCGUCGACGUAUUACAGCUGAAGAAUUGUACGAGUCUAAGCUUAUCACUCUGGAAAUAUACACCAUGCUCAAACAGGGAACAAAGACAAUUCAAGAAAUUAUCCAGAUUGAAAGUGUCUGGAAAUACCUGUAUGGCACUGGAUGUGUCGCAGGACUACAAAUGCCAGGCUCUAAAGGCACUAUCACCAUCUACCAGGCCAUGAAGAAAGGACUGAUCUCUGCUGAUGUGGCUCAUGUACUCCUUGAUGCUCAGACUGCCACCGGAUUUGUUAUUGACCCCGUAAAGAAUGAGUUGUUAACUGUAGAUGAAGCAGUCAGAAAAGGUGUAGUGGGACCAGAAAUUCAUGACCGUCUGUUGUCUGCUGAAAGAGCAGUUACUGGCUACAGGGAUCCUUACACAGAACAAAUGAUUUCUAUCUUCCAGGCAAUGAAGAAAGACUUAAUCCCUCCCGAUCAAGCUCUGAGACUGCUAGACGCUCAGCUAGCUACAGGUGGUGUCAUUGACCCACGAUUUGGCUUCCACAUCCCAAAUGAAACAGCAUAUGUGCGUGGAUAUCUCAACAAAGAAACCUUAGAUAGCCUGUCAGAGCCAAGCGAGAUCCGUAGUUAUGUGGACCCUUCCACUGACGAGAAACUCAGCUACUCUCAACUUUUGAAAAGAUGCAAAAGAGAUGAAACCAGCAAUCUCUACCUGCUGCCUCUUGCAGACAGGAGAAGGCUUACUUUCAAGGGUUUGAGGAAAGAGAUUAGCAUGGAAGAACUCAUAAGAUCAAAUAUUAUGGAUGCAACUACAGCACAGAACCUACAGGAUGGACUAACCUCCAUUGAGGAAGUUUCAAGAAACCUGCAGAAGUUCUUGGAGGGAACAAGUUGCAUUGCUGGUGUCUAUGUAGAAGCUUCAAAAGAAAGAUUCUCCAUCUACCAAGCUAUGAAGAAAGGAAUGAUCAGGCCAGGCACAGCAUUUGAGCUUCUGGAAGCCCAGGCAGCCACAGGUUAUGUGAUCGAUCCAAUCAAAUGUCUCAAGCUGGCAGUUGAGGAUUCUGUGAGGAUGGGUAUCGUAGGGCCCGAAUUUAAAGACAAACUAUUAUCAGCCGAGCGAGCUGUGACUGGUUAUAGGGACCCCUAUUCUGGGAAGCUUAUUUCACUUUUCCAAGCCAUGAAGAAAGGUCUGAUCUUAAAAGAUCAUGGUAUUCGCUUGCUGGAGGCUCAAAUCGCCACAGGUGGAAUUAUCGAUCCAGAGGAAAGCCAUCGCUUGCCAGUAGAGAUGGCCUACAAAAGAGGUCUGUUUGAUGAAGAGAUGAAUGAGAUUCUUACUGAUCCAAGUGAUGACACUAAAGGGUUCUUUGACCCCAACACAGAAGAAAAUCUGACCUAUCUUCAGCUCAUGGAAAGAUGUAUUACCGAUCCUGAAACCAACCUUGUUCUCUUGCCACUUAAAGAAAAGAAACGGGAAAGGAAGACUUCCUCUAAGUCCUCAGUUCGCAAGCGAAGAGUUGUUAUUGUUGAUCCAGAAACUGGAAAGGAGAUGUCUGUGUAUGAAGCUUAUCGCAAAGGACUUAUUGACCACCAGACCUAUAUCGAACUGUCUGAGCAAGAGUGUGAAUGGGAAGAGGUCACAAUCUCCUCAUCGGAUGGUGUAGUAAAAUCCAUGAUUACUGACAGAAGAUCUGGAAGACAGUAUGAUAUUGAUGAUGCCCUUGCCAAAGGUCUAAUUGACCAGUCUUCCCUGGACCAGUACCGCUCAGGAACCUUAUCCAUUACAGAGUUUGCUGACAUGCUCUCAGGUAACGUGGGUGGAUUCAGAUCAAGGUCCUCCUCCGUCGGCUCUUCCUCCUCUGUUACGGCAAGUCCAGCUGGAAGAGGUCAAUUAUCAUCCUGGAGCGACCCCAAUGAAGAAACUGGGCCCAUUGCUGGAAUAGUAGACACAGACACUCUAGAAAAAGUUUCAAUCACUGAAGCCAUGCAUCGCAACCUUGUAGACAAUAUAACAGGUCAGAGACUUCUGGAAGCUCAGGCAUGUACAGGAGGCAUCAUUGAUCCAAUUAGUGGAGAAAAGUUUUCGGUUACAGAUGCAGUAAACAAAGGCUUAGUGGACAAAAUCAUGGUUGACAGAAUUAAUCUUGCACAGAAAGCAUUCAAUGGGUUUGAAGAUCCAAGGACAAAGACAAAAAUGUCAGCAGCCCAAGCUUUAAAAAAAGGCUGGCUAUACUACGAAGCUGGUCAACGAUUCCUUGAAGUUCAGUAUCUCACUGGUGGCCUUAUUGAACCUGAAGUUGAAGGUCGUGUUAAUCUAGAUGAGGCUCUCCGUAAAGGUACCAUCGAUUCCCGCACAGCUCAAAAGCUGCGGGAUGUCAACACUUAUUCUAAGUACCUGACCUGCCCAAAAACCAAGCUCAAGAUUUCCUACAAAGAAGCCAUGGAGAAGAGCAUGGUGGAGGAUGGCACAGGCCUGAGACUCCUUGAAGCAUCUUCACAAUCCAGCAAAGGUUACUACAGCCCCUACAAUGCUAGCGGCUCUGGGUCAGCAUCAGGGUCACGAUCAGGUUCUCGAACUGGUUCUAGAUCAGGUUCACGAAGAGGUAGCAUUGAUGCCACCGGCAAUUCCAACUUCUCCAUGUCCUUCUCGUCUUCCUCAUACUCUGCAUCCAGCUAUGGCCGAAGAUACACCAGUGGGCCUCAGGACAGCCCAAUCGACACAACUGAAUUGGCCAAUGCACUGUUAAAUUUAGCUAAAUCCUGCAGCCAAGAGUCAAACAUGGGGUUCAACACCUUGCCAGCUCUCCUGCCCGGCCUUGUAUAGAAACCGCAAUACCCCCACCCUUAAUCCAUGAACUUGAACACCCUUUUCCUGCUCUGCAUGUGGUGAAGCUUUAAUGGACUUUUUAUUUUAUAAAUAUAUAUAUAUAAAAAAAAACUUUCAACGUAUUUCUAAAUUUUACUUCAAGCAGUGCCUAAAAUUUUAACCAAAAAGCCAGAAAAAGAAACACUUUAACCAGGUAACAUAAUAAUAAUAAUAUAUACACGUUCUUACGAUGUUAUUUGUAUAUUGAGAGAUGACUACGAGAACACUAUUGUCCAGCAAGGGAAGUCUACUAGCGUACUAGUUGGAGAGAUCUAUGCAGAGCAGAAAAAACCCACCGCCAGCAGCCGAGAAUGAAUUCCAACUUCACUCCAGCACCUUUUUUUUUCUAAAUUAACAUGUUUAGCCAUCUGGCACCCCAAUGGUUGAAGCUUACAGAUUCAGAAAGCCACUCAUCUCACAUUGCUGCCUGUUUUCCUCCGUGGCGACCUACCUUCUGCUCUUGGCAUCUCCUCUCAUAACCCAGCAAAAAAAUCAACCUCCUUCCUGAGAAACCAAUUCCGAAGAAACCCGCCUGUUGAAUCCUCAGACACAAAAAGACUUUUACCCCGAGUGUUCCAUGUUGACCCUUCUAUUCAACCCUCCUGUGUCUCCUUCAUUCAUGUCUUCCCCGAGAGGCUACAAAGCACACAACUGGUUCGGCUCCCUCCAGUCCAAGGUUCUCGGAUCGCCCUUUCUCAGAACUGGAUGACUUUUGGACUCCAUGCAAACUGGAAAAUUUGACCAUCACAGAACGGCCUGCGCACCCAGAGAUCCAGAGAUUCUGGAUACCAUCUGUCCUGUUGGAAGGGGUUACGCAUUACAGUGCAGAAAAUAAGGACCCCCACCCGGGAUUUGUGAUAGAAAUCUGCACCCCUAUUCCUCCCUUUGACUGUGAUGGCCCAGUGGGAGCCUGGACUUGUUUUGAUAGCUCUGUAUCCCAUACAAGGCCUCCAUCUGUGUGCUGUGUUGUCCGUCUUUGUCUCCCUUCCCUCCCUCACCGAUUGUCCCUCCAAGCUCAUUAAAUCUCAACCACUCCGGGGCCACCAAAUCAAGACAUUCUGCCCAUCCAAUCACCUCAACGAUCAAGUCAAGUUCAUGCCUUCAUCCUCCCGACCAUCUCACAUUGAGUUCUCCAUGACCGCACCGACACCCGAAUCACCGUCUAUCCCCUGGCCUACUGACAUGAAUAGCGCAGAGAAGCAAGAAGGGGCUAAGAGUGAAUGGAAUAUGGCUGCCAAGUGUAUAUUUCCAUAGCUGCCGCUGUCCGCCAUGGAGCUUCUAGUGUAUAUAAUGGCAUUCCUUUGUCACACAGACUGGUGCUUCAGUAAUUAUUGGGGUGAAUCCCGCUAACGUCUCACUGCUAGAGGUCAUGUUUCCCAUCAGCCCCCCCACCCUUCGCUGGUCUGUGCGAUGCCAUGGUUGGGGGGGAGAAUUACUGUACUAACACUAAGAUGAAUUGUACAUAAACAUAUUGUUUGUUACCAGGUAGAUCAGAGUUCUGCCACUCUCAAUGCAAAAAGUAAAGAUAUAUGAAGUAA